AGCAGAAGCAGCAGCAACAACUACUCCAAGAAGAACAUCAGCAGCAGCAACAGCAACAGCAGCAACAGUUGAAGAGAUGCAAUCGAUACGACGUCUGGUUCUGUUCGGUCUCCUGGCCGUGCUUGGCGCCUGUGCCUACGCUAAGCCUCAUGGCUGGAGCAGCGGUGGUGGAAGCGGUGGCUGGUCAUCUGGAGGCAGCUCCUCCGGCUGGCCAAGCGGCGGUGGUGGUGGCUGGAGCAGCGGAGGCGGCGGCGGUGGCUGGAAGAGCGGCGGAGGAGGCGGCUGGAGCUCUUCGGGCGGCGGCAGUGGUUGGAAUCUUGGCGGCGGCGGCGGUGGCUGGAAAUCGGGUGGAGGCGGCAGCGGCGGUUGGUCCUCGGGCGGCGGCAGCAAGGUCAUCAUCAGCUCCUGGCCAUCAAGCGGCGGCGGCGGCGGAGGCUGGUCAUCAGGCGGCGGCGGCGGUGGCUGGAAACUCAGCUCUGGCGGCGGCGGCGGCGGAGGCUGGUCAAGCGCCUUGUCUGGUCUCUCCGGCUGGAAGUCACAGGCAUUGUCUAGCCUAAGCAGCGGCUGGCAAUCAGGCGGCGGCGGUGGCGGCUGGAAGUCCGGAGGAGGCGGCGGUGGCUGGAAAUCUGGCGGUGGAGGCGGCGGUGGCUGGAAAUCUGGCGGCGGUGGCGGAUCGAGUGGCUGGUCUUCCGGAUGGAGCUGGUAGAAUUCUCAGGGGAUGACGAAACCAAACGCGACGACAUUACUUAAAAUCGGAACGCAACCUGCAACUGUACAUAGAACAUAUAACAAUUCUCCCAUUUUUUUUUUGUCUGCCUUAAUUGUUAAUCCGCCAAUAAAUCUUUACAAUGUAAU